CCCUGGAAGGAGGCAAAGCUGUCCCAGGUAAGGAGGAUGUCUGUGCAGAGACAACAGCUGGAGUAUGAACCAAUCAGACUGUGGUUACUGUUGGUGGUGUGUGCACCAUCUCUGCCACAGUAGUGCUCACAUACAGGGACAUGACUGUUGUGUUAAUGAUCUGUAGCAGCGUACAGCGAGCCAUGAGGGUUUUUCCACUGAUCCAAGUCAGAUCUUUCAUCUCUGUUACUCUAUGUUCAAAUGUCAACAACAAUGAAUGUGUAUCCUGAAGGCUGUGGAGACCGCAGCCCAGCGCCAGGCCAAGACUGUGGGCAAACCCAACCACUUCAUGUAUGACUGUGUGGCCAGCCAGUUCGGCUUGGGCAGCGCCCGCUCUCUCAUGGUGGGGGACCGGCUGGACGCGGACAUCCUUCUGGGGUCCAACUGUGGCCUGAAGACCCUGCUGACCCUGACCGGGGUGUCCACUGUGGCUGACGCUGAGGCCCAUCAGGAGAGUGGCUGUCCGGAGCGGCUGGGGAUGGUGCCUGACUACUGUGUGGAGAGUAUUGCAGAGCUCCUGCCUGCUCUACAAGGAUAACCAGUCAGGUCUUAAUAGGUUUUAUCUCAGUGAGACUUGAGCCUGGAUUGAUGACUGAUUAAUUAUAAAAGACCGUUAAGGAAUAUGUGCGUCUGAAAAUCCCUGUGUGUUUCCGGGUUAUGAAUGUGAAAAUUCAGGAAGGUAAGAGAAUCAAUCAACUGCUUCUAUAAUACUAAGACUGCAGGAAACAAACUACACUAAUGUAUACAAAUGUGUACUUUAAUCAACCAUCGAAACGAAAUGUCAAGUGCUCACAGAUCACUGCACCUGUACAUAGCCCAUCUAUAAUUUAGCCCAAACAACUACCUCUUCCCCUACUGUAUUUAUUUAUUUAUUUUGCUCCUUUGCACCCCAUUAUUUCGAUUUCUACUUUGCACUUUCUUCCACUACAAAUCUACCAUUCCAGUGUUUUACUUGCUAUAUUGUAUUUACUUUGCCACCAUGGCCUUUUUGCCUUUACCUCCCUUAUCUCACCUCAUUU